AUGUCAUUAGGUGAAAUUGCAGAAAGGUGUUAUAACAUGACGACAUCGUACCUUAAGGUCUCUACAAGUAGUAUAAUAAUUAAGGAGACCCAAGAUGCAGUAAGACUGACGAGACAACAUCUCCUCGAGGAGGUUUUUACACGUUGGAGUCCUCUAAAUGGUGAAAUUUCCUUCUCUUAUAAUGGGGGUAAGGAUUGUCAAGUUUUGUUAUUAUUAUAUUUAAGUUGUUUAUGGGAAUUCUUCAUAAUACAAGCAGAACGGUCUCAAUAUGAUUUCAAAUAUCAAAAGUUCCCAAUGAAUAAUCUAUUUUCUGUUUACAUUGAUCUUGCCAAGACAUUUCCUACGUUGGAGAAUUUUGUGAAUUUAACAUCGGAACGAUAUCAAUUGAGUCUUUAUUCGUCAAUGCGAGAACAUGGAACUAAGGCAUCGAAUAUGUCAUGUGCAUUUGGAGAUUUCUUAAAACGAUAUCCUGAGACACAAGCAAUUUUGAUAGGUGUUCGUGCUACGGAUCCAUUUGGUGAUACACUUAUGGCGAUACAAAAGACAGAUUCGAAUUGGCCUGAUUUUUAUCGGGUUCAACCUAUUUUACAUUGGAAAUUAGCCAAUAUAUGGAGUUUCUUAUUAUAUUCCGAUGAACCGAUUUGUGGAUUGUAUGGUAAUGGUUUUACAUCGAUAGGUGGUAUCGAUACAACAAUUCCAAACCCAUAUUUGAUCGAUUCCAAAGAUAAUCGUUCAAAAUUAUCUUUAGAAUUUCAAUGGGAGAUAGAUAAUGCAUUCGAAAGAGGAAACGAUAAAAUCAACGUAUUAGAGGUUGAUCCUGAUGAUCAAUUAUGGUUGAAGAAACUUGGUUCAGAGAAAUACUUACCAGGAUGGUAUUUAAUCAAUGAUGAAAUAGAAAGAGCCGGUAGAAUUAAGAAAUAG